AUUUUGCUGGCUGACGCACUAGGUCUCAGGAGCUCCCUACGAUGGCCGUGAACGAGAGCUCGCCGUUGCUACAGGGUCACUCGGCCCAGCAGCAGCAGAGCGGCCGCCCCCCGCUGCGUCGCGCCCUGUACGUGAUCGUGCCGCUGGCGCUGGUGGCCAUCGCGACAAUCUGCAUUCUCAUCAGCAGCGAUGGCUCCAAAAAAUCUUCAGCCGCGUCCAGCUCCGCACCGGCACCAACCAAGGCGCCAGCAGAGGUCAAGUUCACUGACGCUGAGCUGCUGACCAUGCGGCCCCCCUUCGAGGAGAAGCUGCACCCGCUACCACCCAAGCUCGUGCGUCGCAAUGACUUCGGCCGCUCGCUGCCCACCAACGAGUUCUGGUCCAACCUCAUGGUGGCCGACAGCCACGGUCUCAAUGCUGGCGCCGGUGAGGUCACACUCAGUCCCUACACCGUUCGAAGCCUACCCAAGAGACUCGAGAUCUCGUAUGGAGACUCUCGUCGCGUGGCCACCAAGGACACCAUCACCGAGUAUUUUAACGUGGACGCCAGCUUCACAGCUUACAGUCACAAGGUGCUGGACGGCAACGAGACUGGCAGCGCUCUGUUGGGUGACGGCAACAGUACGUCCAGAAACGUCGUGGGUUUUGACGUGCUCUCGGUGUUAUUGCAGUAUUACUAUGGAGAGGAAAACAAGUGGAUGAAGGUGCCUAUGGUGCGAGGCUCACCCUACGUCACGGUGGAAUACCAGAAUGUACUGCCCGUCCUAGAGUUCAACGCCACAGUUUCGACUGUCAAUGGUGAGAAAGUGGAGCAGAAGGACCCGCUGACUCCAUGGAAUGAGCUCCAGACGUGGACCAGCAACCGCUUCGAGCUCGACAUUGAAGUCUACGGCGCAGGCGAGAGUGCGCACGGUACUGGCAAGUCUCAGCAGAAGUGGAUCCUAUAUUUUGACAAGGUGCGCACGCUGCAGCUACAAUACGCCAACGAGAAGGACUACCGCCCGUACAACUGGCGCGGCGAGCUCACUACCCCCACCAACAUCCGUCUGGUCGACACAGACUUCUUCACUGGAGCUGCUCGCUUGGCAAUUGUUCCACAGGGAUCAUCACACGCCGCCAUUAAGGCUCUUGACAAGGCAGCUGCUAUUUAUCCAGUGGGCUCCUCGAUCACUACGGACGUUAAAGAUACCGAUGCGUCGUUCUCGUUCUGCUGGAAGACGAAGACAUUCCCCGAUCUUGGCGAGCCGAAUUUGAAGUCGACUUCGACUGCUGAGCUGCUGAUGAUGGCGAAUCCACACCACGUCGCGACGUUCAAGACCGACAGCGAUGCUUUCCAAGUUCUGGGGCAGUUUGGACACCGUACACUCAAGUCGGUCAUGACGGCAGUACUUGGUAGCUGCUGGGAGAUGCAAGACAGUUUACCGACUGCCUCUUUCCAAGAAGAAAACGUGCAGAUCCAGCCACAGUAUCUGGAGGCGAUCAAGGUUGCUCUUGCUAACGACUCCAACUACACGCCCGAGGCCGACGAUCCGUAUUACUUCGGCAAGGAGAUCGGACGUCAAGCCCGAUUGGUCCUCAUCGCAGACAAAUUAGACGAGAAGGAGCUUCGUGACGACAUGCUGGACAAAUUGGAGGAGUGGUUGACUCCGUGGAUGCUGGGCCAGAACAGUGACCACUUCGUAUAUGACCGCAGCUGGGGCGGCUUGUGCUCGCUCAACGGACUCAAGGGUGUGUUCUGGAUGACGGACUUCGGCAACGGAUGGUACAACGACCACCACUUCCACUACGGCUACUUCUUGUACGCGGUCGCUGUCGUGGGCAAAUACCGUCCAGCCUUCGUUAAAACACACAAGGCCGUUGUGAUGUCGAUUGUGCGUGAUAUUGCCAGUCCCGACCAAAGCGAGUACGUAUCCAUUUGCCCCGUUGUAUCCCCUGUUUGCUGGUACUGAACCAGUUAUCUCGCUUACUUUUGAUGCAGUACGUUCUUCCCGUUCACUCGUCACUUUUCUUGGUUCGAUGGCCACUCGUUUGCCAGUGGAGUGUACACUCUUGAUGGUGGCAAGUCUCAGGAGAGUGUUAGCGAAGCCAUCAACGCCUACUAUGGCGUGUAUCUGGUGGGCAAGUCCUUCAAAGUCCCGGAAGUGGAGCACAUGGGCCACCUCCUGCUUGCUCUUGAGAUCCGUGGCGCUCAGACGUACUGGCAGAUGCCCUCCAGCUCGAAUAUUUACGAGCCGAUCUACGCCGCCAACAAGAUGACGGGGCAAGUGGCUGCUACGAAGGUGUCGUACACGACGUGGUUCGGUCCGCAAGUGGAGCACAUGCACCUAAUCAAUAUGAUCCCGUUCACGCCGAUCACGGACGCGUUCUUAAAGCCUGCGUACGUCAAGGAAGAGUACCCGAUUCUGCAGCAACAAGCGUUCGACCGUGUACAAGACCCGAUCGAAGACCGCUGGAAGGGCUACGCGUACCUGGACUUGGCUAUCAUCGACCCUGCCGACGCGUGGUCGAAGGUCCAGAACAUGACGUUCUUCGACGACGGCAGCUCGCGCACCAACUCGCUGUACUGGAUCGCCACGCGCCCGACGAACUAGUCGUCGUCAUACCAAAUACGAAGACUAAAUGGUUGCGCUAACGUGCCCUCGCACACUAACGCUAGACAAUGAACGAGAAUGUCGUCGCUUUAAUUUUCUAGUAUCCGACGAUAUAUAAUCGACUCAAAUAGGCGUCACCUCGAGGUUGUGGUCUAGCAGUGUGUCCUCGUCUGCAGCGAAAUGGAAAUGUCCUUGCACGCUUUUGCCGCUGAGAACGUGCGGCAGCCAGAAGUGGUCGUCCGCCCACAUGCUCUUGAACGGGAUGUCCGUGAUGUCGUACCACUGCGGCUUCAUCUCGUCGCUCUCAGACGGCUCGCCCGAGAACUGCUGCGUCAGGAAUACGUGCACCUCCAUCACCUCCUUUGCUUCUUCGAAGGAGAAGAGCAGCACACCACGCGGCUGAAGAUGUUCUGCUUUAACCGACACGUUGGCCUCCUCUUCUAUCUCUCUCGCUGCUGCAGCCGCGAUGCUGGCGUCCGAGACCUCCACUUUGCCACCGAAGCCGUUCCACUUGCCCAUUCCAAAGCCGCGCUUCUUCAUACCCAGCAGAACCUGCUGGGAGCCCAUAUCAUCGCGCACAAUGAACGCUAGCGUGAGCAACUUACGCGGAAGCGCGGGCACUUGGAGGCUGCGACGCAUGAUGGCUGCCGAAGCUGAAGGUGUCAAAUGUAGCCACAAAAAUCAGGUGCGUCUCAAACUAAGAGAUCUUUUAGUUCGUAUCUUUCUAAAUCAUGCCUCGUGAUAGUGACA